AUGAAGAAAGAAAAUAUAAUAUCUAUACAAUCACAAGUAUUUGAUGGAUUUUGUGGGAAUAAUAUAGCAGCAUUUGUUUUUAGAAGAAGAGGACAUAUUCCUAAAAUUUUAAACACAGUACAAUAUUAUUCAAAAUUUAAACAUAGUGGUGUUGAAUUAAAUAGCCAAGAAGUAGAUGUUAUAUUAAGUGAAUAUAAUAAAGAUCAAGAAUUUAUGAGUGAUAGUAAUAUUUAUUUUCUAACAGGUUAUAUCAAAAAUGCGGAGUGUGUUGAUAUGGUUACCAAGAAUAUACUUGAAUUAAGAAAGAAAAGAAAAAUACAAAAUGGGAAAAAUAAUGACAAUGGGAAGGAGUAUAUGAAUGGACACAUGAAUGGUCACAUGAAUGGUCAUAUGAAUGGUCACAUGAAUGGUCACAUGAAUGGUCAUAUGAAUGGUCACAUGAAUGGUCACAUGAAUGGUCAUAUGAAUGGUCACAUGAAUGGUCAUAUGAAUGGUUACAUGAAUGGUCACAUGAAUGGCUACACGAAUGGCCACAUAAAUGAUCACAUGAAUGGCCACACGAAUGGCCACAUGAAUGGCCACACGAAUGGCCACAUAAAUGGCCACAUGAAUGAACCUAAUGUGGAGUAUCCAAAUAGACAUAUAAAUUCAAGUGAACAUAAAAGUUCCAAUCUAAUUAUUCCUGAAGGUAAACUAAUAAAUGAAAAAGAUAUGCAUAAGAACAAUAUAUUGGCAGUUUCUCAAAGAAGAAAAAAAGAUGAAGAAUUAUAUUCCAUAGAGAACAUAAUAAAUUUAAAUUUUCUUUGGGUUUGUGAUCCUGUUAUGGGUGAUAAUGGAAGACUUUAUGUUGAUGAACGUGUUGUAGAAUCAUAUAAAAAAGCGAUUCAAUAUGUUGAUAUUAUUACACCUAAUCAAUAUGAAACUGAAUUAUUAUGUGAAAUGAAAAUAAAUGAAGAAAAAGAUGUUAUAAAAUGUUUAAAUGUUUUAUUACAUAAAGGUGUCAAACUUGUUAUCAUAACGUCUGUAAAUUAUAAUUUCGAUAAAGAUCAUUUAUUUUUAUAUGUUUCAUUUUUUAAUAAUAAAAAUAAAAUAGUUUAUUUUAAAUAUAAAAUUUUAAAGAUUCAUUUUAAUUGUUUUGGAAGUGGUGACCUUUUUUCUUGUUUGUUAUUAUCUUUUAUAGUAAAGCAAAAAGGAAAUAUCCUUCACAUAAUAUCCAAGGUUUUGAAUAUUCUACAAAAUGUCAUAAAAAAUAGUCUGACUGGGUUGGAAUUAAAUAUAAUAGAAAAUCAAGAUAUAAUCGCAAGUGAUGGUUUAAUUAAUGAUGUUUUAAUUAAAGAAGAGCCUGUAUUUUUUUAG